GGUAAAAGCUACUCUACAUUUUAACUGGUCACCAUUUCUUAGGUGUAGCGAAAAAUGAAGUUUCUGGUUGCGAUUGUUGUUUUCGUGACGGCUGCCAGCGUGAUUAAUGGCCAAUCUGACGACGAAGCCUGGAGCCUAUACAAACAAGAGCAUGGGAAACAUUACUGGUCCUAUCUCGACGGUGGGCUACAAGACAGAAUGCGCAUGCGCAUUUUUCUCUACAGAAAUGCCGAAAUCAAAAAGCACAAUAGCGGGAAAUUUUCGACAUUCACUCAAACGCAAAACUUCUUCACCGACAUGAGGCCAUCGGAAUGGAAAAGGUAUCUCGGUGCUAACCCUUCCGCAAUCCCUUCCAACAUUUUUGCGGAAGAAAAAAACAACAUCGACCCACAAAGACAACAAUCUCUCGCCGAGAAUCUUGAUUAUAGUAACGAUCCUUGUAUGCCGGAAGUGAAAAACCAAGGAGCGUGUGGAAGUUGUUGGGCUUUUGCUGCCAUUACUCCGCUGGAGUUUGCCCACUGCAAGAAAUCAUAUGACCCAAUUAUUUUGAGCGAGAAACAGCUGGUCGAUUGCGACAGAGUUAACGGCGGAUGCCAAGGCGGUUGGUACACGAAUGCCUGGGACCACAUCAAACAAAUCGGCGGAUCUGCGGAAACGUCGAGUUACGGUCCCUACAAUGCCCGAAGAGGCAUUUGCAGAUUCAGAUCAAAGAUGGUUGGUGCAAACGUGUCGUCAUUCAAGUAUGUUAAACCUAAUGACGUUGUGGCUAUGCAAGAAGCUAUGGAGAAAUACGGUCCCCUCGCAGUUGCCCUAACGGUGGUCAACUCUUUCUUGUCUUACGGGAGCGGAAUCUACGACGAUGCGGCGUGCGAUAGCAGAGAAGUAAAUCACGCUGUUGUUCUUGUCGGUUGGGACACUGUCGACGGGGUGGACUACUGGAUCGGUCGUAACUCGUGGGGAUUAAAUUGGGGAGAAAAUGGCUACUUCCGGAUCAAACGCGGUGUCAACAAGUGUAAAAUUGAAAAUUAUGCCGCCUACGUUGAGCCAGUUUAGUGAUCUUAAUCCUUUUUAAUUUUAACUGAAUAUUGCAAUUAUUUAAAUAAAGUAAGAGCUAUCAUGCAAAUUUCAAUGUGAAAUGCCAUUUUAAAUAAAUAAAAUAAAGUUACUCAG